CAGAAGAGAUAUUGGGAUGCUGAGGAUGAAUCUCAAGAGACCAGUGAUGGCUUCUGACUCAGCAGGCCAUACCCAGCCCUUGGACCAGAGGUGACCAUGUUCAUGUCCACCUUGUCUUGCCUGCAGGCAGUGCGAGGCCAUCGGAGAUGCAAUCUGGGAUGCCUUGCCUGGACAGUGGAGUGGAAAGGAUGAAUUCAGAGACACCUCAGAAAGACCUCUACACUGUGAACUGUUAGCAUAUUCCUCAUAGGAAGUCCUGACUUCAGGGGUAAUAAAGUCAAAUAAAAUCCAGACUAGGAGACUCCUGCCAAUUAGAAAAUGGGUCCUUUCUAUCUUCAACUGGUGUCCUUUGAGGAGGUGGCUGUGUACUUCACGAAAGGAGAGUGGGAUCUUCUGGAUCCAGGACAAAGAUAUUUGUACAAGGAGGUCACAUUGGAGAACUACAGCAACGUGAUCUUGUUGGGGAGUGCGAUGGCAACAGAGGGAGGCUCUCGAUUGUCUCCUGAGGGUAAUGGACAGGAAAGAAUGGCUGAACACCUGCCUCAGCUCAUGGCCUUCAAGGAGGUGGCGGUGCACUUCACCCAGAGGGAGUGGAAUUUCCUAGAUCUAGGCCAAAGAGCUCUUUAUCAUGAAGUCAUGGUGGAGAUCUGGGAGAUGGUAUGCUCUCUGGCCAUUCCCAAACCAGACCUCAUCUUCUCACUGGAAGAAGGAGAUGAUCCGUUUGUCCAGGACUCUGAGGAGCAGAAGAAAUGGCAAGGCGCCUGCUUAGGUGAUGAUCAGGAGGAUGAGAGCUGCCAAAAGCUGUCUCUUGUGCGAUGGGAAGUUAAAAAGCCCAAGGAAGGGAGAGAGAUGCUUGGGGAUUCAAAGAAUGUCAUACAAAACCAGUCCAACAAAGGAAAGAAAAAAUUGUCCAGUUCUCAGGAGGCCGAUGUGAAAUCAAAGAGAUAUCCUAUAAUCCAGUCAGGAUCAAAAUGGCAUCAAAUCAUGGUUUCUGGAAACCAUGUGGGAACAUUUCCUGAAAAAAGAAGCAGCAAAGGGGAGAAACCAUAUAAAUGUAUGGUAUGUGGGAAGAGGUUCAGUUUUAGUUUUACCCUUAGCUUACAUCAAAUAACUCACACAGGAGAAAAACCAUACCAGUGCAUAGAGUGUGGAAAAAGCUUCAGUCGGAAAGGGGCCCUUAGGCAGCAUCUGAAGAUCCACACAGGGGAGAAACCAUAUAAAUGCAGGGAAUGUGGAAAGAGCUUCAGUGAGAAAGGGACCCUUAGGCGGCAUUUAGAAGCUCACACAGGGGAGAAACCAUAUAAAUGCAUGGGGUGUAGCAUGAGCUUCAGCCGAAAAGGGGACAUUGAGAGGCACGAACGAGUUCACACUGGGGAGAAACCUUUUAAAUGCUCAGAGUGUGGCAAGAACUUCAGUGAUAAAGGAACCCUUAAGCGGCAUGAGGGAACUCACACAGGUGAAAAACCAUAUAAAUGCAUGGCAUGUGGGAACAGCUUCCGUGAGAAAAGGACCCUUACGCGGCAUGAAGGAACUCAUACAGGGGAUAAACCAUAUAAAUGCAUGAUGUGUGGAAAGCGCUUCAGUCGGGAAGGGGCCCUUAAGCACCAUCAAAUAAUUCACACAGGAGAGAAACCAUAUAAAUGCAUGACAUGUGGAAAAAGUUUCACUUGGAAAGGCGCCCUAAAGCAGCAUCACACAACUCACACAGGGGAGAAACCGUAUAAAUGCGUGGUGUGUGGAAAGUGCUUCACUUGGAAAGGAGCCCUUAAGCAACAUCACAUAAUUCACACAGGGGAGAAACCGUAUAGAUGCAUGGAGUGCGGAAACAGCUUCAGUGAGAAAGGGACCCUUCGGCGGCAUGAAGGAACUCACACGGGUCAAAAACCAUACAAAUGCAUGGAAUGUGGAAAGACCUUCAGUCAGAAAGGGUCCCUUAGGCAGCAUCACUCAGCUCACACAGGGGAGAAACCGUAUAAAUGCAUGAUAUGUGGAAAGAACUUCUGUGGAAAAGGGAACCUUAGGCAGCAUGAACGCAUUCACACAGGAGAGAAACCGUAUAAAUGCUUGGAGUGUGGAAUUGGCUUCAGCCGCAGAGGGGACCUUGAGCGGCAUGAAAGAACUCACACAGGGGAAAAGCCUUAUAAAUGCACGCAAUGUGAAAAGAGCUUCAGACAAAAAGGAACGCUUAGGCAGCAUGAGCGGAUCCACACAGGAGAGAAAAUGUAUUUCUGCAUUGUGUGUGGAAAGAGCUUCAGUAAAAGUAGACUUACAAUCCAUCAAAGAAUGCACACCGGGGAGAAACCAUACGGAUGCAUGAAAUGUGGAAAGAGCUUCAGUGAAAGUGGAAAACUGUCUAUACAUCAGAGAAUUCACACAGGGGAGAAACCAUAUCAGUGCAUGGAGUGUGGAAAGAACUUCAGGGAAAGUGGAAUACUUUCCAGGCAUGAGAGGACUCACACAGGGGAGAAACCAUAUCAAUGUAUGGAAUGUGGAAAGUGUUUCAGUCAGAAGGGAUGUCUGAGACAGCAUCAAAGAACACACACAGGGGAGAAGCCAUAUAAAUGUACAGAAUGCGGAAAGAGCUUCAAUGAAAGAGGAAAGCUAACUGUACAUCAAAGAACUCACACAGGGGAGAAACCAUAUCAGUGCAUGGAGUGUGGAAAGCUCUUCUGUCAGAAAGGGAACCUUAGGCAGCAUCAAAGAAUUCAUACGGGGGAGAAACCAUAUGAAUGCUUGGAGUGUGGAAAAAAGUUCAGUGGAAAUGGAGCACUUGCGAAGCAUCAAACAAUCCACACAGGGGAGAAACCUUACAAAUGCAUAGAAUGUGGAAAGAGGUUCCGUGAAAACGGAACACUUAGCAGGCAUCAAAGAAUGCAUACAGGGGAGAGACCAUACAAUUGCGUCAAGUGUGGGAAGAGCUUCAGUGAUAAAGGACAGCUUAAAAAGCACCAAAGAACUCACACAGGGGAGAAACCAUACAAAUGUAUGGAGUGUGGGAAGAGCUUCAGUCAGAAAGGGAACCUUGAGGGGCACCAAAGAAUUCACACAGGAGAGAAGCCAUAUGAGUGCAUGGAGUGUGGAAAGUGCUUCAGUCAGAAAGGACACCUUGAGGGCCAUCAAAGAACACACACAGGGGAGAAACCAUAUGAAUGCAUACAGUGUGGAAUGACCUUCAGUCAGAGCGGAAGGCUUAUUAAACAUCAACGAACUCACACAGGGGAGAAACCCUAUAAAUGUUUGCAAUGUGGAAAGAGCUUCAGUCAAAGUGGAAGCCUUUUGAGGCACGAGAGAAUUCAUACGGGACAGAAACCAUAUAAAUGCAUGGAAUGUGGAAAGAGCUUCAGUGAAAGAGGACACCUUUCUAGACAUGAGAGAACUCACAGAGGGGAGAAACCCUAUGAAUGCAUGGAAUGUAGAAAGAACUUCAGUGAAAAUGAGCACCUUAUUAAACAUCAAAGAACCCAUACAGGGGAGAAACCAUAUCCAUGCAAAGAAUGUGGAAAGAGCUUCAGUAACAGUGGACACCUUUCUAGGCAUGAGAGAACUCAUACAGGGGAGAAACCCUAUGAAUGUGUGAACUGUGGAAAGAGCUUCAGUCAGAAAGAGAGCCUUCAGCAGCAUCAAAGAAUUCACACAGGAGAGAAACCGUAUAAAUGCACAGAGUGUGGAAAGAACUUUGCUGAAAGGAAAACACUUAGCAGGCAUCGAAGAAUGCACACUGGGCAGAGACAUUAAGUGUAGAAAGAGCCUUGGUGAUGGACAAAAGAUUUUUGAUAUGAAGCAGUCACGAAAGAGAGAAAUUACAUCUAUGCAAGAUAUGUGGACAAUGCUGAUCCAGUAGGAGUAGCAGAGAUUGAAUUCAUGAUACCAGUUAUUCUAAUUUGCGUUGGAGAGGUUGUUGGAAAGCAGGCACUUAUUUUCCUAUGUGUUGGGAAUGUGAGAAUAUAUUCAAAUAUUGCUAUCUGGCUUUUGAGGAAAUAAAUGAAAUUAGUUAAAGAUAGAGGUAUGUUCUGAAAUAGCACUUUCAUCAAUAUUUGAGAGGGUGUGGUGUAAUAAAAUUAUUCUCCAUGUAUUGAAUGUGGCAAGAUUAGUUGUAGCUAGGAAUUGGAAAAUAAUGCAUGAUUUUUCAGUUAAAUGAAUGGUAUAG